AUGGCAGCAAAAAGGGUGGUUGUCGCCGGCGGAAACGGCUUCUUGGGUUCGAGGAUUUGCAAAUCUGCUGUCGCUAGAGGAUGGGAGGUUACGUCGCUCAGUCGCUCCGGAGAACCGCGAUGGGAUACCGUCACUGGUUCUCUCAGUCGUCCAAGCUGGGCCAGCUCAGUCGAAUGGGCUAAGGCCGAUAUGCUCAAGCCGGAAACAUACAAACCCUUUCUGAAUGGUGCGAACGCCGUCGUCCAUAGUAUGGGAAUUCUCCUCGAGGCGGACUACAAAGGGGUGGUGCAAGGACGAGAACCGAUUCUUAACGGGCUGCAAAAGGCAUUUGCAGCGUCAAAACCAGGCAGUCAGGAUCCGUUGCAAAGGCGGGAGGGAGAGCCUCUUCAAGUGAAAGAGCGUAAUGGGCAGUUUACAUAUGAGCUUAUGAAUCGCGAUUCUGCGGUCGCAUUGGCGCAAGAAACCCUUAACGAACAUGUCCCGACUUUCCUCUACAUAUCUGCUGCUUCAGGCGCGCCGGUUCUCCCAAGUCGAUAUAUCACAACGAAGAGAGAGGCGGAAUCUAUCAUCGCGGCGAAGUUACCGGAACUACGGAGUGUCUUCGUGCGAGCCCCGUUUAUGUACGAUGAAAGCAGAAAGUUCACACUCCCCAUUGCUCUUGGUGGCUUCGUCGGUUCUCAGGUUAAUGCGCUUUUGGGCAACAGACUGGACUUCCUGGGCUCCAUGGUCACGAAACCCUUCCAGGUGGAUACUGUGGGUGAGGCUGUAAUGGAAGCCCUGGAUGACGAAUCUGUCCGAGGUGCCUUGGGAGUAGAGAAGAUAGAAGCGCUAGCUACGAAAGCGUGGAGGAAGAGCAUGCUAUGA